AUGGCGGGAAGGUGUUUGAUCGCGUUCUUGAUCACGGCGAGCUGCCUGUCCGUCUCCGUCUCCGGUCAGCUUCCCGGUGAUCUCUUCGCGCUCGGUGUGGCCUCGAGGCUCCGCGUGGACGGCAAUUCGACGAAACUAGGGUCAAUACUAGAGCAGCUCACCUUUGAGGAAGGUUUUGUGUUCACAAAGGAUGUCACCUACGUACAAUUCCUUGAUCGUGUGAUGGAGGAGGAAAGAGCACUCCGAUCGAUCGGCACGUGGGACGUGCCACACCCAUGGCUGAACCUCUUUGUGCCCAGAUCACGCAUCCUUGACUUUGACUCUGGCGUGCUCAAGGGUGUCUUUGCUGGUGCCAAUCCUAUCGGUGUCAUCCUCAUGAACAUGUGGGACGAGCGUAUGAUGGCGGUGGCUGGCAAUGACGAUGUGUUCUAUGUCAUAGGGCUACUCCGGUCGGCGGUGGCUCUUGGAGAUGUGGAGCAUCUAGAAAGGGAGAAUGAGGCGGUUCUAGCAUUCUGCCAUAAUGAGGGCAUUGGGUGUAAACAAUAUCUGCCACACUAUUUAUCGCUGGAUGGAUGGCAACACCACUUUGGGGCCAAAUGGAGUAGGGUUACUGAGCUAAAGGCGAUGUAUGACCCACAUGGGAUACUAUCAUCAGGGCAAAGGAUUUUCUCUUCAUCGGUGCUGGUGGCAUUAGUGGCUAUGUGA